AUGUCGCUACAUCACACCCCUCCGUCCAGGGGAUCGGAGCAGCCACCCGUCACACCGGCAGGGCCAAGCGACAUCGAACUACCUCACGGGAGUGCACCCCAAUUGGAGCCGCUCAUUGACAUGGGGCCUCCGUUCAGCGACAAUGUCAUCGAGUCCAUCACAGCGUGUGAAAUUCCACCGUUUUGGAAACAACAGCCAGCUCUGUGGUUCGCUCAAAUAGAAUCACUAUUCCAGAUACAUCGUGUUCGCUCUGAUGACGGCAGAUAUCACCUUGUCAUCGGUGCACUCGACUCUAAAGCAAUUCAGGAAAUAGCGGACAUCCUGGCAUCACCACCUGUCAUUGACAAGUAUGUCACUUUGAAAACGCAGUUACUUGCACGUUUCGCAGAUUCUGCAGACAAGCAGCUCCACCGUCUACUCACAGACUUGGAGCUUGGCAAUCGCAAGCCCUCGCAACUCCUCCGUCACAUGAGGACGCUUGCAGGCGACCGAGUGUCACAGGACAUCCUGCGAGUGCGCUGGCUAGCACUUCUACCACCCGGGAUACAGCGAGUCCUCAAGAUCCUCCGGACAACCUGUUUGGAGGACCUCUCAACAGUUGCAGACGAGCUCAUGGAAGGCUCUUCUACAUCUCAAGUUCUUGCAGUUGCUGCACCACAUUCACUGUCACCAGGUAGACUGGGAGCUGCAACCUCUGCCGACACCCAAACCAUUCAGCGGUUAGGAGAAGCAGUGACCACCAUGCAACAGUCCGUCGCACACCUGACGACUCUGCUUGAGCGCCUGCUGCCUGCUGUUGUCCACCAAGGACAGCCCACCCAGCGUCAACGUACACGUUCCAGGUCGCGUUCUCGUAACAGCCAUACUCAGCAACUAACCAGUCAGUGGUGCUAUUACCACCGCCGCUUCGGUGCUGCUACGAGACGAUGCCAGCAGCCGUGCAGCUUUACAUUCCAAGCCACCAAUGCAAAUGGCGCGGGAAACUGA